CUCACUGGGAGGGCAGCGCAUGAUACUCCGGGCACUGCUGAAUAGCAGAAGUCCUUCAGAAACGCUGUCAGACAGGCUCCUCAGAGCAGGCUGUAGUGACCGUAUCAUGGCUACAGGGCCAACAGAUGUCAUACAGUCACCUGAAACGGGAGAGACAGCUGAAGAAUGCACAGGAAAGAAAAAAUCCAAAUUUCAGACGUUCAAGAACUUCUUUGCCAAGAAGAAAAGGAAAGAGCCUCCAGCUCCCAGGGGGGAGAGUAAUUUAAAACCCAGCCAGUCCAGCAGCGAUGUCAGCAUCUCUGUUCUCGACACUACAGCACUUCAUUCGCCAAAGGAGGCUGGGCCCAAAGGAAGCAUGGGAAACAAAGCCUUGUCCCAUGACAGUGUCUUCAUUUUUGAAUCUGCACCAGGAAGUGUGGCAGGUGAUACAUCAUCUCAGGAAAACAUACCUGGAAGAGUGAAAACUUUACAGCUUCAGUUGCAGCAGAACAUUAGGCUUGGAUCACCUCCUCUUGUUAUCACCGGAAGGAAACUGGAAGAUGCAGGAGCUGUUUCUGAAGACGAUGGAUUACCUAGAAGCCCUCCUGAUAUUUCAAGCCUUCAUGAAGUACUGACAGAUUCACCAAGCAAGAUACCUUCUGGAGGUUCCUCUAGGCCCAUCAGUCCCUUGUCCUCUGCUGCUCUUGGGGCCCCAGGCUCACGAGGCUGCAGCUUCCUUCCUGUUGACUUCACCAUCCCUGCCAGUCCCCUCGGCUGCCUGGACACCUCAGCAGCCAGGCACAGGAUUGCCAUAAACCCCCGGAAACAGAAAGGCUUUGCCAACAAGAACCAGCAAACCCAGGUGGACCAGCUGGAAAAUGAAGCAUGUCUUCCUGCAGCUCCAGAAAAGAAGGGAAAUUCAACAGAAUUUCUUGAGGGUGACCAGCAUAAAAGUGAUUGGGAAGGCUUAUCAGCCAAGGCAGAAUAUGGUGCAAAGGGAAGUGUUUCUAAGGAGACACCAGCUGUAACAAGUCCCACUGAUGCGGCCCCUGACUUUCGCCAUUCCAUGCUUGUGGCAGAAGACUUCUGUGCUCUGUUGCAAGAGGAUGCAUGCCUUCCAGACACAGACCCUCAGAAUAAGGCAGCGUCUCCAGUGAACAUGGAGGAACAUCACAGGGCAGAGGUGCUGUACUGUUUGGGUGAAUCUGCUGAUGGAUUGAAAUUACAUCAGGAAAAUACCAAUACUGGAGUAUCUGCACUUCCAAAAUCUCAACAAAUUAAAGCAGAAGCUGUUUUGUUACCAGACACACUAGCAGAUGACUUGUUUAGCAAUAGCAUGGAAACACAGGACACAAAUAUAUUGGCAGAUGUUGCACAAAAGUCAUCAGCAAAAUCUGUGGACCAAAAAGACAAAGUCUGGGAAAAGGGGGAUCCACCGUUUACUGGCAAAGUAGAAGCUUGCCUGGAUGCUAGUGAAAAUCAGUCUAUCCACUCUGUCUCACAUCCUGCGCUGAGCAUUUCACAGGCUGGCCUAGCCAAUCCAGGGUCUUCUUUUGACGUCAAGACACUGGCUGUUUUCAGUCCAGAAAACAGUUCAGGGACAAGAAAUGAUAAAGAAACUUACGAAAUUAUGGAAUUUCAGUCAUCCGAAGGCAAUGCAGAAACAAAAACAGAUGCUGCUGCAUCUGUCUUGGAAGCAGAUUGCAUGGUGCCCCCUGGUAAAUUGGAUGUAUGUUUCAAAGCGGAAUUGCCUUGUCCUGUUUUGAAGGGUAAGGAAGACAGUCAACAAACUAGCAUACCAUACACCUUUGAAAAACUUUCCAUUGGAUGUCUUGCCUCCUCGAGUUUGUCUGGCUUGAAGAGUAAUAUCUCUUCUAAUGAUGACAAUAAAGAGUGCCAGUUAAGCAGUACAGCUUCUCACACAAAAACGCUGAGAGAGAGCCAAUCUUUGGAAGAAAAUAUAAAAACGCCACUAAAAACUGCUGCCGCUAAACCAGUUAGAUUUACCAUUGCACCAGCAUGGCAAAGAUCUCUCUCAGGGGGUUCAAAUUCAAAGGAGGAUUCUUAUAGCAGAAGUUCCCCAACCUCCCCUAUAAGACCAGAGUUAUUUGAAGGAACAACAAAAGAGCACACACAUUUUGAUGCCGUCAUACAGGAGUCUGCAAAAAACAUCUCCGAUAGAUUUGAUGGAGAUAGUAAGGACAGUGACUUGCAUUUGAAUUCUUCCAUGGAGUGGGCUGACCACGAAGCACAAAAUGUUGAAAACCCGUUUGGGGUCAGACUAAGAAGAACAUCUUCAUUACUGAAGUACCAGAGCGAAAGCCGUGCUGAGUUUCCAAAGCUGAUUCCCUCAGCUGUUCCCACUGUUUCUUCUCUUUCAGUCAGUGAGGAUCAGAAAUCAGUUGGCCCUGGGAAGCCAUCUCCAGGCCUUCCUGUGAGCACAAAAUCAUUUAUUAAAAAAUCAGAUCUCCUAGAAGACAAAAACCCUCCCAAGGCAAAAUCUGGAGAAGUGGCAAAGAAGCAAAAUAGUUGUAAGCCUUCAGAAAAACUCUCCUCUCCACAUUUGGAAACUGCUUCCUCUGAACCAGCUUGGGUCUCCAUGGCAAAACUAAAACAAAAGGGUUUCCAGGGCCACCCUCUUGCCAAAGAACAUAAAGCUGAAGACAAAGCUUUGACCAAAGUGGAUCGAGAGGAGCAAGCUAGUGAGAACGUAUUGAGGAAGAGUACACCUCUCAGCUUGAGCUCUCAGGAAAAGAAGCUGCAAAUGAAGAGCAGUGUGUCUGCUGCAGCAGGUAAAGUUGGACCUAUCGCUCAGGAAGCGUCUGUGGUUCCUGCUAUUGAAAAGGAAACAAGACAGAAAAACAUGCAGCCCUGCUGA